CCCGCGCCUCGCUCGCUACGGAUUAUGUGUUUGUGCUAGUCAACAGCCGGAGACAUGAGGCUGUCACUGCACCUUGCAGUGGUGCUCCUCGCAGUGUACCACACCUGUAAGGCAGACCGGCUGGAACGUGCCAUCUAUCCUAACUCGAACCAGAACUAUGCCGUCGUAGGCGCGCCCAUAGUCGCCAAUCUCGACGAGGACGGCUACUUCUAUCCUAAGCCGGACAUUCCGUUCCCACCGCCGCCUCCGCCACCACCAAGAACUCCACCGCCACCACCGCCGCCGCCGCCACCACCACCAAGAACUCCACCGCCACCACCACCGCCGCCUCCGCCACCACCAAGAACUCCACCACCACCACCUCCACCACCAAGAACACCUCCUCCUCCCCCGCCACCACCACCACGGACUCCUCCACCAACUUCUCCACCUUCACCUCCAAAAACGACCGGUUAUGUGUAUGAUACUCCUCGCAUACCUUUUGUUAUACCAACUACAAGAAGGCCUCCACCUCCGCCACCAUCGAGACCGCCAUCCCCUCCACCUCCACCAUACGUACCACCUUCUACAACUAGAAGGCCACCACCUCCCCCAACCAAACCUUCUACAACCUUGGCACCUCGAGUACCCUCUACGACCGGGUAUUAUUACACUACACCACGCGUACCAUUCUACUCUACAACAAGUAGACGACCGCCGCCACCACCACCGCCGCCGCCUCCGACCAGGCGGCCGCCACCGCCACCUCCGCCUCCGACCAGGCCGCCACCGCCACCGCCUCCACCGCCAACCAGGCCACCGCCACCACCUACCACCAGACCACCUCCACCGCCUCCCACUACCAGAGCACCAACCUACAGCACAUUAAUCGACAACUACAGAACGACCGGGUAUUCAUAUCCGACGCCCCCUUUUACCUUCACUUAUCCCACUAGACCUCCUCCACCUCCACCAACUACCAGACGUCCACCACCCCCUCCACCUCCACCCCCUACUAGGCCACCACCACCACCACCCCCUCCACCUCCACCCCCUACUAGGCCACCACCACCACCACCACCGCCACCAACUUAUUUACCACCAGUAACUAGACAGCCACCUCCUCCUCCACCACCAACUUAUCUCCCACCCACAACUAGACGUCCUCCUCCGCCACUGCCCCCGCUGCCAACUAGACCACCACAACCACCACCAACGCCACCGCCGCUACCAACCUACCGACCCCCAACAACCAGACGCCCACCUCCUCCUCCACUACCAACUUAUCUCCCACCUACAACUAGACGUCCUCCUCCGCCACUGCCCCCGCUGCCAACUAGACCACCACAACCACCACCAACGCCACCGCCGCUACCAACCUACCGACCCCCAACAACCAGACGUCCGUCUCCUCCUCCACCACCAACUUAUCUCCCACCUACAACUAGACGUCCUCUUCCGCCACUGCCUCCGCUUCCAACUAGACCACCACAACCACCACCAACGCCGCCACCAACCUACCAACCCCCAACAACUAGACGCCCUUCUCCUCCUCCACCACCGCCACCUCCACCUCCAACGACCAGACCUCCCCCAGUUCCCACUUAUUCAACAGUCAGUCCCACCGACAGAACAACAGGGUACGACUAUCCAAAACCUAAAGUUCCUUUCACAUUCCCCACCACCCAGCGUAUCCCCUUCACGUAUUCGCCGACCACCGUGAGACCUCAGACUAAUCCGCCGCUUUACGUGCCUCCACGCCCAUCUCCGACUCUCCCUCCGAUAUACCCGCAGCCUUCGUUCCCGAUCCCCACAACUACAAGACGGCCGGUAUACAUCGCGCCGCAGACUACCCGGGAGCCCGUAUUUAUACAAACACAGCCGCCGAUCUUCAUCGCUCCUCAGACGACACCGCGCCCGUACUCGCCCGUCCCGGCGGUGCCGGUGACGAGUCCGCCGCCGCUGAUCUACAUUCCGCAGACGACGAGGAGACCGGUGUACGUCCAGCAGCCGGUGUCGACGACCGAGCGUCCGUACAUCUACGUGCCUCCCGUGACGUACUCGACCCGGCCGCCGUUCGUGCCCGACCAGGGCUACAACUACGAUCGACCCCUCGUUCCUUUCGUUUCCUAGUCUAACGAGUGGCCUAGACCCACCCGUUGGCUCAACUCAACCCAGAACCGGGAUUUGUAUUUUGUUUGACAUAACUGGAAUCAUGGGUCCACGUGGAUACUUUUAAUCAGAAGCUACGUAAUAGAAAACAACUUUAUCAUAAUUAACAGUUACAUUAGGACUCUAACACGAUAGAAACAGUUUGCGUAAAAAGUGUACGUAGUAGUACAUUUAAUUCAUAUUCAUCAAGCCAGCUUUACUAGCAACGAGUAACUAUUAUAAAAGUCAAGCUUUAGUACACAGUACAACAGUCACAAUUUACAUACGAGUUAUAUUAUAAAUUACAUUAUCUGCAUGCACAACUUCACUUGGACGUAUCUUAAAUCACGUGAACAAAUUUCAGAAAUCGAUUAUAAACUUCUAUUUGUAAUGUUGGCGUGAGGCUUUACAGCCCAUAUUUAAAUCUAUCAAGGUUUGAUUCUUUACAGUUUGUAGUACCACCACACUCAUAGUAUUGCAAAAUUGCGAUUGUGAACCCGGAAGGCAGACUUCUGCUAGAAACUGAACAAAGUUCUGUUUGGACAGUUUCCCUGAAGCAUUUAAUAGACUGACCGAGGGAGUUGACCGACUUCUCGUUCAUUGGACCCGACGUCGUGCCUUCCUUUCAGUACACUUGAAGCGUCAACCAUCAGUCGAAUGUUACCUUCGGCCUACUCCGGGUGCCAUAUAAUAGGUUAGGACCCCACAUUUGGGCAUUAGAGUAUUGUUAGAGUUUGAUUGUCCGGGGCGACCCAUGAUUCUGGUUAAGAGUUAGUGAUGUGAUGAAUAGCUUGAUAAUUAUUGUAACGUUUUGAUGUGACGGGCCGUUGCGUUAAUUGCUUCUGAGUUGCCAUAACAUUGUGAUACCAGGCUCGGUACUAAUGUGCGAAAAGUCGGAUAUUUGUUAUUGUUUUACUUUAUCAUUUUAUGUAUUUUAUAUUGUAAUUAGGGUUUGUACUGUUUUGUGGUUACCGAGAACUAGGUUUAGUUAAAUUUAGUUUAUUGUGGAAGUAACGAAAAUACUCACAACAACAAUGUUUAAAGACACUG